AUCCAGCCCAAACGCACUCGGAAAGUGGAUACAUUGUUUCCUCUGCUCUACGAGACCUCACCAUAUCCAAUUAUUUUCAGCCAAACAGGAAAUCAGUUCCAGAUCCACCUCAAGCCUACCAUGUCUGAACCGGGUUCUGGUUGUAGUGUUCCAGCCCAGAGAAGCUCACAGCAGGGUCCAGAGAUGCUGUCAGUGAUGCUGGAUAACUGCAGUCAAACAGGGGAAUUCAAUGUGAUUGUCAAGGAGGAGGGCGAGGAGAGAGAAAUCAAUGAGCGGGAGGAGGAAGGGAGAGAGGAGGACAGGAACUCUGUUGACUCAGGAGAGGGCCCCAACCCAGACCCAGACAACGAGCCCAGUUCCACAGCAUCAAGACUACCUGGGCGUGGGAGUUACCCCUGUCCUCAAUGUGAGAAGAGUUUCAGUUCCUCAACUAACCUAAAGAAUCAUCAAAGAGUACACACUGGAGAGAAACCUUUCGACUGCUCAACAUGUGGGAAGAGUUUCAGUGAGAAAGUAAACCUUAAGAGACAUGAGAGAGUACAUAGUGGAGAAAAGCCUUACCACUGUACCACAUGUGGGAAGAACUUCAAUCAUUCAGGAAGCCUUAAGCAACACCUGCGAAUACAUACAGGGGAGAAACCUUACCACUGCUCUCUUUGCGGGAAGAGUUUCAGUCGGGCAGGAGACCUGAAGACUCACCAGAGAUCCCACAGUGAAGAGAAGCCUUACCACUGCUCUCUUUGUGGGAAGAGUUUCAAUCAGCCAGGAAACCUAAAAAGUCAUCAGCGAAUACACAUUGGAGAGAAGCCUGCCUGUGCUUUAAAUUUGAUUGUCAAAGAGGAGGAGGAUGAGAAGGAAAUCGAUGAGAAGGAAAAGGGAGAAGUUGAGGAAGAAAAUAGUUGUGUAAUUGACCUAGGUACAUCAAGACUUCCUGGUCGUGGGAGUUACCCCUGUCCUCAAUGUGGAAAGAGUUUCAGUUCUUCAGGUAAUCUAAAAAAUCAUGACAGAGUACAUACUGGAGAGAAACCUUUCCACUGUGCCACAUGUGGGAAGAGUUUCAGUGAAAAAGUCAACCUCACGAGACACGAGAGGGUACAUAGUGGAGAGAAGCCUUACCACUGCACCCAAUGUGGGAAGAGCUUCAAUCAUUCUGGAAGCCUUAAGGAACAUCAAAGAGUACAUACAGGGGAGAAGCCGUACCACUGCUCUCUUUGUUGGAAGAGUUUCAGUCAGCCAGGAAACCUUAAGAAACACCAGAGAAUACAUACAGGGGAGAAGCCUUACCACUGCUCUCUGUGCGGAAAGAAUUUCCGUUUCGCAGGAGACCUAAAGAAUCAUCAGAGAUCACACAGUGGAGAGAAGCCUUACCAAUGCUCUCUGUGUGGGAAGGGAUUCACUCAGCUAAGAAUUCUUAAAAGUCAUCAGAGGAUACAUAUUGGAGAGACGCCUGUCUGUGCGUUCAAUGUAUUUCUCCAGGAGGAGGAGAGUGAGAGGGAAAUCAAUGUGGAGGAAAAGAGAGAUGUUGAGGAAGAGGAGGACAAUAGUGGUGUAGUUGACCCAGAUAUAUCAAGACUACUUGGUCGUGGUCGUUACCCCUGCCCUCAAUGUGAGAAGAGUUUCCGUUCCUCAAGUAAUCUAAAAAAUCAUCAAAGAGUACACACCGGAGAGAAACCUUUCCACUGCUCCCAAUGUGGGAGGGGUUUCAGUGAGAAAGUAAACCUUAAGAGACACGAAAGAGUACAUAGUGGAGAGAAGCCUUACCACUGCACCACAUGUGGGAAGAGUUUCAAUCAUUCAGGAAGCCUUAAAGAACAUCAGAGAAUUCAUACAGGUGAGAAACCUUACCACUGCUCAAUGUGCGGAAAUAAUUUCCGUUUUGCGGGAGACCUAAAGAAUCAUCAGAGAUCACACAGUGGAGAGAAGCCUUACCACUGCACUCAGUGUGGAGAGAGAUUCACUCAGCUAAGAAGUCUAAAAAGGCAUGAGCGAAUAUCCAUUGGAGCGAAGCCUGCCUGUGCUUUCAAUGUGAUUGUCCAAGAGGAGGAGGAGGGAGGAGAGGGAGAAGUUGAGGGAGAGGAGAGUAACUUGAAAUAAAGGUGAAGUGAGGAUACGUAAGCUAACUCAAUAACUGUUGAAAUUCACACCUUUCCUUGCAAUGGCAUCUUCUGUGACAACAUGGUCAUGGACAGCACCAUUUAGGGCUAUCUUCAUCUUCUUUUACUUCUAUGAGUGUAUUGGAAGUUCACAAAGGAACUCAACAUGAAUACCACCACCACCUAAUGUGCUGGAGAGUGUAUUAAUCUGACCUUUAUUUU